AUGCAAGAGAUGGAGAAGGGCAUCAAAGAGACCCUGGCCAGCUUUAGCCUGAGCCACGUGAAGUUCAAGAACGGUCUGCACUCUGACCUCGUCAAGCGAGAGAUCCGAUGGUGCAACGGUUUACUUGCUGCACUCGUGGCAGCUUUUACUACGCGGGAUUACCAGCAGGAGGUGAGGCAGCAGACAGACCGAAAAGGUUUGGCGGCGUUGGUCAAAUCCGUGCAGGAGGCAGUUCUGCCCAAGCACGGCCUGCACAGCGAGGACUACGAGUGGAGAACCAUUCAGUGGAAGCUUUGGUUCUACGGCCUCUUGGACGACAGCAACGUCAGGUUGGCCAACGAGGUGAUGCUGGCAUCGCAAGUCAGGAUAUGCGGCCUGCUGCCAUGGAAGAAGGCAAAACCGAAAGAGCAGCCCAAAGUGGAGCUUGUAGAUGAGGAGGAAGAGGAGGAAGAGGAAGAGGAGGAGGAGGAACAGGAGGAACAGGAAGAAGAGCACGACGAGGAGCAGGACGCGGUGCAGGAGACGCAGCAAGAUGAUGAUGAGGAAGAUGUGGUUUCAAUAGAGGAGGAGGAGGUGGAGAUAAUUGAGCCGGACAAGGAGACACAGCAAAGGAAGGCUGCGGAAGAAGCUGCGCGACAGGCUGAAGAGGCAGAGCGAAGGAGGGCAGCGGAAGAGACAGCGAGAAAAGAGGCAGCGAGAAAAAAGGCAGCAGAAGAGGCAGCGAGGAGGAGGGCAGCGGAAGAAGCAGCGCGAAGGAAGGCCGCGGCGGAAGAGGCAGCACGAAGGAAGGCUGCAGAAGAGGCAGCGCGAAGGAAGGCCGCGGCGGAAGAGGCAGCACGAAGGAAGGCUGCAGAAGAGGCAGCGCGAAGGAAGGCCGCGGCGGAAGAGGCUGCGCGAAGGAAGGCUGCAGAAGAGGCAGCGCGACAAGCUGAAGAGGCAGCGCGCAGGAAGGCUGCGGAAGAAGCGGCGCGGCAAGCUGAAGAAGCGGCACGACAAGCUGAAGAGCAAAGAAAGGCCGCGGAAGACGCUGCGCGACAAGCUGAAGAGCUGGCGCGAAGAAAGGCUGCCGAAGAGGCAGCGCGACAAGCUUCAGAAGAGGAGGCGCGACGGGUCGCACAGGAGGCUGCUGCGAGGGCAAGACAAGCAGAGGAAAGAAGGAUCGAAGAGCCGAUAGUUGAAACAAAGCCGGUUCCGGCUCAGGCAAAGCGAAAGACAAAUCAUCGCGAGGAAUCAAGGCACAGCCGGCGAAAGGCGUCAUCCAUGGCGCCUCCGCCCGUGCCCUCAAGGGCCAAAGCAAAGGCAUCGCGGAAGCGGAAGGCGGAGCCCAAGUCUCCACCGCCACGGCGAGCCUUGGAGCCCGACAGCCCAUCGCCCGGGAAGAAGCCAGGAUUCGUCAGGGGCGCUCGUGUUCGAAUUCUGUCCAACAAUGACAACAGGGGCGAGACGGGAAUCCUUGGCCAGUACGACAUGGACAAAGAUCUGUGGGAGGUCACCGGGGAAUUUGGCACUGAGUGGUUUGACUCGGACAGCCUUGCGUUCUUCGUGGCUAAGCGACCCGGCCAGGUCUACUUGGAGGAUGAGGACUGA